AUGAUCAGCAGCAAACUGCCCAUCCAUGUCGCCCUCCGCUUGUGUCUGGAAAGUACGUCCGUUGAGAACGCUGUAAAGACCCUCAAGUCAUUGGGUGGUGUUGCUUCUGCUCAACACAUUUUGGUUGCCGACCAUACAACAGCGUUGGGUCUUGAAUUAUCGCCAGUGGGUGACAAGCAUAUUGUUGAGGAUGCGUCGGGGUUGAUUGGCCACACCAACCAUUUUAUUGAGAAUCGAUAUGUCAACGAACCCCCGUGGCUGGCCGGAUCUCCCGUUCGCCUGAAGAGGCUGGGAGAUUUAGCCCAGGAGCUCAUCUCACAGGGGGUGACGGGUGAUGCCCUCACUCCAUCUGUGCUGCGAGAUCGAAUCUUCUCAGAUACAUACAACGCUCCAGAGGCUAUCUGUUGCCGCGAAGAUUCCACCCGUCAUAUUUCAAUCCGGAGUAGCUCCUUAUUCAACAUCGUCAUGAAUCUAGAUCCACAAAAUCUCGGAGCCGAGGUAGUUUGGGGUCGACCUGGUUCGGGGGAAGAGGGGCCUGUUCUGAAGAUGCCUUGGUAG